CUCCUGAUGACCCAGACGCAGGCGUCUCCCUAAAAUGUUUCCAUUCCUGAUUUGCAUCUUGACACUGCAGCAGGUGCACUCUGCCUGCGUGUUGCAAGACAUUUGCCCAAACAACAAAACAGUGCAGGCGGAGAUUGUUGACCAUCACAAUGCCAUCAGGAGAGCUGUUCAGCCUACUGCCUCUAACAUGCUGCAAAUGAGCUACAGUGAGGAGGUAGCAGCCUCUGCUCAGGCCUGGGUUGACAAAUGUAUUCUGGCUCAUGGACCAGUCAGAAGCCGCUUGUACAAUGGAUAUCAGUUAGGUGAGAAUCUGUUCUACUCCUCCAAACCGUACUCAUGGACGGCCGUCAUCAACGCCUGGCACAGUGAGGUGGCACACUACCAGUAUCCCAACGGCUCCACUAAUGGCAAACCUAUUGGUCACUACACACAGGUGGUGUGGAACAGCUCCUACAGAGUUGGCUGUGGAGUGAAACUGUGCCCUAAGAACAUUUACUUUUAUGGCUGCCAUUAUUAUCGAGCAGGAAACUUCAGAAGAUGGCCUCCAUAUAAGGCUGGACCCCCGUGUGCUUCCUGCCCCAACAACUGUGUAGACAAACUCUGCACCAACCCAUGUCCUGACAUUAACCACUUCCUCAACUGUCGGUACUUGACCACUAAGAUAGGAUGCAGCAAUAAGUAUGUGCUCGCCUGGUGUCCUGCUUCAUGCAAAUGCCCCACUGAAAUCAUCCCAAUUGGCUAAACAUGAGCCCUGGAGUCUGCAAACUGUACUGCAAACUGUAAUCAAUUUCCUGUAAGCUUACAGGAAUAUAUAUCCAUGACCAGCACCGUACGAGUGUCUGGAAAAAUGUGGUUUAGUGGUGGUUGCCUUAAGUUAAAGGGGAGUGUUUUAAACUGUUUAUCUCUAAUCAAAACCUCAUGGGACACUCUGUUGGAGUUGUGUUGCAUACACAUGGUGAUGGAUUUUACUGCCGGGCCACACAGGAUGUCAUACUGUACUUAGGGGGACUCAACGUAAUGAAUUGCAGAAAUGUGCACAUAGAAAAUACAUUUGUACUGUUAUCUGUCCAAACCCCAGAUAUGAAUCAAGAAUAUGAAUUAUACACAUGAUCAUACAAUAAAGACUAUAUUUGAAAUCAA